CGCCGUUCCUCAUUGUGGCCCUCCUCUCCUUAGAGCUCGUCUGGGUUUCAGGGACCCGUUAUAGGAGUAAAUCAAGGUCUACUAGUGCGAGACAGAGGUACAACUUGUCGUUUUAGGGUGCUGUUUUUAGGCUGCACGCUGCGAACUUGACUUCAUAUAUAGAGACAUUUUCAGACAGAGGCAUUGUUCUCUCAGGGCGUCGACUGGCCAACAAGCGGAGCAUCCAUUCAUCCUUUCAUUGGCAGCUGAGGUUUUCCAGUCUCGCUAGCUAGCGUUAGCCAAGAGGCAGGGGGCACCCGUGUCGGAGAGAGCUUCAAAAUGUCGGGGUACCAAGGAAAGAAGAACAUCCCACGAAUUACAAGUGACCGCCUUCUGAUCAAAGGGGCGAAGAUAGUGAACGAUGAUCAGUCGUUUUUGGCUGAUAUCUACAUGGAAGAUGGAGUCAUCAAGCAAAUUGGAGACAACCUUAUUGUUCCUGGGGGAGUUAAAAUCAUUGAGGCUCAUGGAAGAAUGGUGAUGCCCGGGGGUAUUGACGUGCACACCCGAUUCCAGAUGCCUGACCGAGGCAUGGUGGCUGCAGAUGAUUUCUACCAGGGCACCAGGGCGGCCCUGGCUGGGGGGACAACCAUGAUCAUUGACCAUGUGGUGCCGGAGCCUGGCGUCAGCCUGGUUGCUGCCUUCAAACAGUGGAGAGAGUGGGCUGACAGCAAGUCUUGCUGUGACUAUUCUCUGCAUGUGGACAUCACAGAGUGGAACAAAGGCAACCAGGAAGAGAUGGAGACUUUAGUGAAGGAUCACGGUGUCAACUCUUUCCUGGUCUAUUUGGCUUAUAAGGAUGUUUUCCAACUUUCUGACUCUCAGAUCUACGAGGUAUUCAGUGUCAUCAGAGAUCUGGGAGCCAUCGCCCAGGUUCAUGCUGAGAAUGGAGACAUCAUUGCAGAGGAGCAGAGACGUAUUCUAGAGCUGGGGAUCACAGGGCCUGAAGGUCACGUGCUCAGCCGCCCUGAGGAGGUGGAGGCCGAGGCGGUCAAUCGUGCUGUCACCAUCGCCAAUCAGACCAACUGUCCCCUCUACAUCACCAAGGUGAUGAGCAAGAGUGCUGCUGAUGUCAUUGCUCUGGCCAGAAAAAGGGGUGCUGUGGUUUACGGAGAGCCCAUCUCUGCUAGCUUGGGCACAGAUGGUACUCAUUACUGGAGUAAGAACUGGGCCAAGGCAGCAGCCUUUGUCACCUCUCCACCACUUAGUCCUGAUCCAACCACCCCCGACUACCUCAACUCUCUGCUGUCAUGCGGGGACUUGCAGGUGACCGGAAGUGCUCACUGUACUUUCCACACUUCUCAGCGUGCGGUAGGCAAAGAUAACUUCUCCCUCAUCCCUGAGGGAACCAAUGGCACCGAGGAGAGGAUGUCCCUAAUCUGGGACAAAUGCGUGGUGACCGGAAAGAUGGAUGAAAACCAGUUUGUGGCAGUGACCAGCACUAACGCGGCCAAGAUCUUCAACCUGUACCCUCGCAAAGGCCGCAUCGCCGUGGGGUCCGAUGCCGACCUUGUGUUGUGGGACCCAGACGUCACUAAGAUCAUCUCAGCUAAGAGCCACAACCUGGCUGUGGAGUACAACAUCUUCGAGGGGACAGAAGUGCGUGGAGGUCCUCUGGUGGUGAUCAGCCAGGGAAAGAUUGUGUUGGAGGAGGGCAGCCUUCACACCACGGAGGGCUGUGGGCGCUACAUCAGCCGUAAACCCUUCCCGGACCACGUUUACAAGAGGAUAAAAGCUCGCAGCAGGCUCACAGAGCUGCGAGGAGUCCCAAGGGGUCAGUACGAUGGGCCAGUUUGCGAGGUGACUGUGACUCCCAAGGUGAUGUCCACAGUUUCCUCGGUGAAGACUUCCCCUGCCAAGCAGCAGCAGCAACAACAGCAGUUUACUCACCAGCCUGUGCGCAACCUUCACCAGUCUGGCUUCAGUCUGUCUGGUGCCCAAAUUGAUGACAACGUUCCUCGUCGCACCACUCAACGCAUCGUGGCUCCUCCCGGUGGAAAAGCUAACAUCACCAGCCUCGGCUAAGCACUUUUUCUCCACAUAGCCAGGGAGGGGGGUUGCAGGGCCACACGGGACCAGAGGCUGCUCUUACAAAUGUCACGUCCCUUUGCUGAUCACCUCUGACUCCCCUCUGCAGCCCACACCAUUUAUUAAUAUUCACACAUACCACCACGUCACCUCAUGCAAAGAAAAAAGAAAGCACUAUUCCAUUUCGCUUCACCGUCUCGAGAUAUUUAAAUACCGAGGAAGGAUCAAGUGAAUUGAAGCAGCUCUUUUUUUUUAAUGCUGUUUUCACGGCAAGUUUGAUUAUUGAUGAAAUUAAUUUGUUUACAUUUUUUGUAUAUUUUCAGAUGCAUGUGAUUGUUUAUUUGCCCUCUUGGCUCAAUAAGCUGACCCAAAAGUCAUCCCAAGGAAUAUUUUAGCAACAGGAACUUUUGGCGGUUGAUCAUCUUCGUUUUCCACAUAUUAGAAUGUUUUGGUGGUUGUCAGACUGCCAUCUUUAGCUGAAAGUAGAGCCUCUGUUGCCACCGUUAACAAUGCUGUUUCUACUGUUAUGAGACUGUUUGUUCAGAAAUGAGAAAUUAGAUAGUAGAAUAUGGUUUUGAAUAACACCUCAAGUCUGCAGUAUUUGAAUUUAUGCUUGGUUUUAAGUUUAAGUCAUGUAUUGAGCUGAGCAAUUCACCUAUGUCUUCCUUUAGUGAUAUAGUUGCACUCUGUUUCCUUUUUAAAAAAAAAUAUAGUUCUAUUGAUGUUUUAUGUUUUAACAUUUUUAAGUCAUUUUGGAAAACGCUGACUGCACUGAAAGGAAAAGAAAAGGGUAUUUUUAGGGUUAAACCACUCAUUUAGCUUCACCCCGGGGGAGAAAUUGCUAGCGUUCUGCCUGAGAAACACACUCUUCCCUCAUUUCUUCCUCGCGUUUUUUUCCCCUCAUGUUGGUUGAUAGGUUGUCUGGGCGAAAAGCUUCCAAUAAUAGCAACACUGGAUGUGGUUAAGGAUAUAGUCAGUCGAAGAAGCUCGAUUGGAAGGUUUGCCCACAACCUCUCUGCACCUGGUGCUAUAAAUAUAUAUAUAAAAAUAUAUAUGACCAUUGCUGUAUAUGUGCAGAUGAUGUCACAGCAGUCGUGUAAGCUUUGUAAUAACAGCAGCCGGGGUCGAGUCACCAGUUACCCAGUUUUAACAGAACACGUUUUGCACCUGUAACAAUCCAAAUGGUUAAAACUGUAUGUGAGCUUGCAACUUUUUAUUUGUAACAGAUUUGUCUGUAUGUUUUAGGAUAUGUGUUGAAAUACUUGCCUGCCUGUUCUGUAAAGAUAUUGAUAGCACACUGUAUCUAUGAAGGCUCUUUAAAGAUGUGAAACGAUGAUUUGUUUUUUGAGACCUGAUGAAAAAAAGAAAUGCUUCUGUAUGUACAUGAAACCCCCCACACAGUGUGCUGAUGAUGUGUCCACUGUUCUCGGUGUUAGUGUUGUGAAUGAAUUACCGGGUAUAUCGUUUUCCUUCCUCUCUAUCUAUCUGCCUGACGUUGUCAACACCAGAUUCACUCAAGCUAGUAACCGUAUCGGUCACACAGCGUUGUGCAGCCAUACUGUAAACACUGGAUUUUUUUCCCCCCUCCUCAUUGCCUUGUCAAAGUGUAGGUUUUGUAUGCCGAGCUAUAAUGUGAAGUGAUUUACAUUUGGGAAACUUUCUUGAUAAUGGUCAUUGGGUUGUAAUGUUGAGCACUGUUGUUUGCCCUUCUCCACCUAGUGUGAUACUACUGCUCAUGUAUGUUUUGUAGGAUACCAGAGUUUGGGAGCAAAUCAUCGAUCCUGUCAGCAUUUGGUUGUGUUGACUUCAGUGGAUUAAAAUAAUAAAAAUAAAACCUGUGGUACUGA